AUGAAGCACACCGCCGUCCUCUCCCUCCUUGCCAUCGCAGCAACCGCGGCCAAACUGCCGAAUGCCAACACCCGUGACAUUGCCGACGUUGUUGCGCGUCACAACGGGCAUCACCAGCCGAACAACACUAUCCCCGGAGAUGGUCACAACCGAGACCUGGACAAGAGGCGCGGGGGUGGUGCUGGCGGUGCCGGCGGUGCCCAUAGCAGCGGUGCUGGCGGUGCCCACGGCGGCGGUGCUAACACCAGCAGCCACUCCGGCACCUCCGGUGCCAGCGUACUCAUGAGUCUUGACGUUGGACUGCUUGUUGCUGGGGUAGCUGGGGCUGGCGUCGGUGCCAUUUUCCUUUGA